AUGUAUAGGAACGAUGCCGUUGGUGUUGUUGGCAUUGGAUGCCAUUUCCCUGGAGGUGAGGGACUUGAAAACUUUUGGAGGGUCCUUUUUCAUGGAAAGAACUGUGCCAAAAAAAUACCAAAUGACAGAUUUGACCUCACUCAAUGGUACGAUUCAGAUGACAGUAAGCCAGGAAAGACAUACACAACAAAAGCAGCACUUAUUGAUGGGAUAAAUGAGUUUGACCACAAGUUCUUUGGCAUCACUGAAGCUGAAACAGCCAAUAUGGACCCUCAGCAUAAACUUUUGCUGCAGUGCACCUACAGAGCCAUAGAGGAUGCUGGGAUACCAAUGGAAAAGGCCAGUGGAACAAGAACAGGAGUGUUUUUGGGUUUGAUGAACAGAGACUUUGAGUUGGCCUCAGUGAGAAUUAACCCAAAACACAUAGAUCACUACUCUAGUACUGGUACAGCUAUGAGCAUAGCUGCCAACCGCAUCUCCUACAUAUUUAACUUUACUGGUCCUUCACUGUCCAUUGACUGUGCCUGCUCCUCCUCACUUGUUGCCCUUCAUUUUGCUUGUCAGGCCAUGAAACAAGGUGACUGUGAAAUGGCUGUGUGUGGAGGUGUGAGUUGCAUAUUAGAGCCAACAGUGUUUGUGGCUCUCUCCAAGGCAAAGAUGAUAUCCCCUGAAGGCACCUGUAAACCUUUCAGUAGAAAAGCAGAUGGAUAUGGGAGAGGAGAAGGCUGUGGGGUUGUUGUUCUAAAGCAUCUGAAAAAGGCUCUUCAAGACCACAAUCAUAUCUGGGGCAUCAUUAGCAAAACAGCAGUAAAUCAAGAUGGCCACACUGUUAGCCCUAUAACCAAACCAUCCAUGAUACAGCAAGAGGAGCUACUUAGAAAAAUCUACUCAACAGACACUGAACUGACUACUGUCCAGUACAUUGAGGCUCAUGGGACAGGGACUCCAGUUGGAGAUGCAGUUGAGGCAGGUAGUAUUUCGAAAGUCAUUGCCAAAGCAAGACCUCAUGAAUCUGGACCUCUCAUCAUUGGUUCUGUUAAGAGCAACAUUGGACACACAGAAUCUGCAGCAGGUAUUGCCGGACUUAUAAAGAUUCUCUUGAUGAUGAAGCAUGAAACAUUUGUGCCCUCAGUGUUCUACUCAGAAGAUGACUCCAGCAUAGACACUAAGUCUCUCAACCUAAAAAUUCCAUCCACAGCAGAGAAAUGGCUCACUGAUAAUGCUGUGAGAACGGCUGGAGUCAAUAAUUUUGGGUUUGGUGGAACAAACGCACAUGCAGUGGUCAGACAGUAUGUGCAGUCAAAGAGAACAAGAAAUCAGAUCAUUAAAUCACAUCAGUUCUUUGUGCUUUCUGCAGCCUCUGAAAAAUCACUCAAAAUGAUGAUGGAAGAUACUGCAGAACAGAUUAGUGUUGGGAAUAUAACAGAUCUACAAUCUUUACUGUUCACAUCUGCCUGUAGAAGAAGUCAUCUGAAACACAAAUACAGGAAAGUUUUUCAGACAUCGUCCUUGACAGACCUGAAAGAGACACUUACUGCUGCCGUACAGAAAAAGCUUGUCCCUUCAAAGACAGACUCCAAGUUAGUCUUUGUGUUUUGUGGGAAUGGUGUAACUUAUCCUGGUAUGUGCAAGCAGCUCCUAAAACAAGAACCUGUUUUUAGAGAAGUUGUGGAGAAGAUCGAAACCCUGAUGCAAAGCUAUACAAGUUUCAACCUGAUUGAGAAGUUAGAAAGUAAAUCUGAUGACUUCACUGAUCCAAAAGUUGUCCAGCCUCUCCUGUUUGCUAUUCAGGUUGCUAUUACCAGCCUUCUCAAGCACUGGGGCAUCCAUCCUGAUACUGUUCUGGGGCACUCUAUUGGAGAGGUCGCUGCAGCUCAUUGUUCUGGUUUGUUGUCACUCGAGGAUGCAGUCAAAGUCAUCCACUAUCGCAGCUCCUUGCAAAGCACAGUAACAGGAGGGAAGAUGCUGGUUGUCAGUAAUAUGGCUGUUUCUGAAAUCAUGAAACUUCUUCCAUCUUAUUCAGGAAAGGUUUAUUUGGCUGCUUACAACAGCCCACAGUCGUGUACCCUCUCAGGAGAUGCAGAUGAUAUUGACAGAUUGCAUAAAAAUUUAAGCAACUCAGCAAAAGAAAAAUAUCUGUUCCUUCACAUUCUUGAUGUCCCUGCUGCCUAUCACAGCCACAUGAUGGAUCCCAUUGUAUCCAGAGUGAAAGAGAAUAUAGGCUCAUUGCAGGGACACAAUCUGGUGACAGAAUUGUUCUCAACAGUAACAGGUAAAAGUCGGUGCUCCUCAGAUUUUAUUACUGGUGAAUACUGGGCAAGAACUAUCAGGGAGCCAGUUGCAUUUGAACAAGCUGUAAGGUCAGCAGCUAAAAACAAGAGUUAUGUGAUCUUUGUUGAGAUUGGCCCUAGAAGAUCUUUGCAGAGGUACAUCACAGACACUCUAGGAAAUGACGUUACUGUGCUUCUCUCUGUACAGCCAGAUAAGGAUCACGAUACAAUGCUUGCUAAUGUAUCCAAAUUGUUUGAGCUCGGCGUCAAUGUGGACUUGGAAAUGUUUUGCAAGGAUUUAAAGACUGAACCGAUUCCUUACCCACGCUAUCAGUUUGACAAUAUGAAGAAAGAUGUCUUCUCCUCUAAUGUCCAGUUGGCUACUUCUACCAACAGCCAUCCAGUUAUUACACCACUGAGUUCAGACAGAUCAGUGUUCAGCUGUGAUUUAUUUUCUGACUCAGUGGCCUUCCUUCAGGACCACAAACAUUAAGGUGUUGCCAUCCUCCCUGGAGCAUUUCAUGCUGAAUUGGGCCUAGCAGCUUUCAUGAUGUAUUCAAAACCAAAGGUUCCACUCAGCUCUCUGCAGCUCAGCAUCACAUUCAAGAAUCCAUUUGUUCUUACUCAGAAUGCUCCAGAUAUGGAGGUACAGCUUUAUUCGUCAGGCCAGAACACAUGCAAUUUUCAGAUUCAAUCCACUUCUGCAAUAUAUACAUUGGGCACAGUACAUGAAAAACCAGACAGAGUACCUGAAGAGCAGUUCAUUUCUCUUGACAAGAUCAUUAAUCGAUGCUUAAUAAUUCUGAAGAGUGAAGAGCUCUAUAAUUAUCUUAGUCAGACAGGAUUUGAGUACGGCUCAGCCUUCAGAAAUAAGGCAGAUGUUUAUUGUGGAGAAGAAUUCAGAGAGUGUUUGUCUGUUUUGAAGAUUCCAAAGGCAUUAUUUCCCAUGCUACAUGACUAUUACCUUCACCCUGUGGUCUUGGAUUACAUGAUGCAGCUUACUACUGGAACUAUGAUACAAAGGCUUUCACCAAGACCUCAGUUUCCUGCACAAAUAGGUAGCUUGACUGUGUUUGAACCAUUGCAAGAGGAGAUGGUUGUAUAUGUAAGGGCAACACAUACAGGAGAUGAUGGCUACAAAGUUUGUGGCUGCUUAACCAACAAACAGGGAAAGGUUUUGGUUGAGCUCAAGCAUGUGCAGAUCAAAAUGCUCGGAAGUCGUUCUUAUGUAGUUGAUGAAUACUUCUACCAUAACAGCUUCAGCAUCACGGCUGAACAUGCAACUUUAAACAAAUCAAUCAAGGCACUGGUCUUUUCUGAUGGAACAGGAAUUUCUAAAGGUUUGCAGCAGUACCUGGACCCAGUGUCUAAAUUCAUAAAUUCCUCACACAGCAAUGCACUGCUGGAAUAUGGUCCUGAAUAUCUUUUGUCAAAGCUGAAGAUUUCAAAUGUGAACAAAAACUACAAGGAAAUUUUGUUCAUGUGGGGUGAUGCAGACCUUACUUCUCUCAAAUCAGAGAACGUCUUGGACAUCAUGGCAGGUUGUUGUGAGAUUUUCCGAAAGAUUGUUGGAUAUCUCAAAGCUAAUAAUUUCCCAGGUACUAUUAGGGUAAUAACCUAUAGAUCCUCUGAGAGUUUAGUGGAUUACAUCAGCCCUGGAUUAGUUCUACUAGGCAUGACAAGAGCAUGUGCAGCCGAGUUGUCGGAACUCUCCUUUCAGCUGAUUGACUUAGGCUCUGUUUCCUCUGAAGACAUCAAAGCAUUGGCUCAGGUCCUCAGAUCACACCCUUGUGGCAAAUAUCCAGAGCUGGUAGUGAAAGAGGGCACAAUUCUCAAACCUGAAAUUAUCCACACACCAUUGCCAAACAUGAAGAACACACUAAAAAGUGUCCAAAUGCUGCAUGAUGAUGUCUUCACCUUGCAAACAUCUGAUCCAUAUGAAAUAAGACAUAUUUCAGCUAUGCAAGGGGACAAUUCGUUUGAAACAAUUCAGCAACAAAACAUUGAGGUUCAACUCAGUAAAAUUUGUGUGCAUUCAUCUGACUACUUUCCUGUCAGCACCUCUGAAUUCAGGUAUGGCCAGACAAUGUAUUGGAACAAACACACAACUCAAAACCAUAAACUUCUAGCUCUUGAUUUCGAAGGGAUUGUCACAGCUGUGGGUAAAGGUGUUCAGAAACUAAAAGUUGGGGACCAGAUUGUGUGUUGUUAUCCUGUGGCUGUCACUUCCAAAGUUGUUCUACCAGCAUCUGUUUGCUAUAAAACAAAAAGACUUUCAUUCCUGAAGGACAACCCCUGCAUCUCUUAUAUGCUUCUGGCCUGGGAGAUUCUGCAUGAGGUUUUACCCAAAGCCAAACAUCAGAGGAAAUUGGGCAUUUUUUCGACUGUUCCUGACUCCUGUUUGAUGAAGGUCUUAACGACUACUGCAAUCAGAUCAGGUUGGAUUAUCAGAGUGAGCACACAGGCAGAUCAGCUUGCUUAUGAUUUUAGCGAGGUUGAAGGAGCUGUUCUUCUUCUUCCAUAUCAUGAGAAGAUCAUUGAAGCUAUUACCAAGCAUACAGUCAUCAAAGAUGUUGUUCUGGUCUGUGACAAUCUGCCAGAGUUUCAAGUGAAUUCAAAAACUUUCAGAAGUACCAAUGACAACGUCCACAUCCAUUUCCUCUUCACCACAAUGCAGAAAUGGUCUCUGGGUAUUAAUAUGCCAAAAGUCUACCGCUGGCUGAAAAACAUGAAUUUGGAUAGAAAGUGUUUGGCUUUCAACACAACAACAUUUCAAAGAGAGAAAUCUCAAGAAAUUGAUCUUCGCUCUGAUUCAUACUUUACACGUCAGAAUCUACACAUUAUCAUCCUGAAUAAUGAUUUCAAUAACCAGCUGUCAGAAAUUUCAGUGAUACCCAAAUGCGGUCUUUUCCAGAAAAAAUCAGUCUAUAUUGUUACGGGUGGUCUGACAGGGCUGGGCUAUGAAACGGUGAAGUUCAUUGCUCAGAAAGGUGGAGGAAACAUUGUCAUAUUUUCUAGGAGCAAUCCAUAUCCUCAGAUUCAACAAGAUAUACAGAAUGUCAGUGAUCAUCAUGGUUCUGUAAUUAAGUGUUUAAAGUGUGAUGUUUCCAUAUCAGAGGAAGUUGAACAGGCAAUUGUUCACAUUGGAAAUCUCUUUCUAUCCAGUCCAAUCAAAGGAGUUUUUCACAGUGCAGUUGUCCUGGAUGAUGGGCUAAUCGAAAGUCUUGACAAAUCUCUCUAUGAGAAAGUCAUGAGACCAAAAGUUAAUGGAGCACUUAACCUUGCUACUAAACACUGUCAUCUGGAUUACUUUGUGUGCUAUUCCUCCAUCUCCGCCUUCAUUGGCAAUGCAUCACAGACAAACUAUGCAGCUGCUAAUACGUUCAUGGACACUUUCUGCCAGUACCGCAGAAACAUUGGACUUUCAGGACAGUCAAUCAACUGGGGGGCUUUGAAUCUUGGUCUCCUAUUAAACAAAGUGCAUUUCCAAAGAUUUCUUGAGGCAAAGGGAAUCAUGCUACUGGAAGUCCCAGAAAUUCUUGAAUGUCUUGAGCAAUGCCUCUUGAUCAACAAACCUCAACAGGUUGUAUGUAAGUUCAAUUUCAAAAACAGCUUACAUAAUGUCCUCAGUCAGAACAAGUCUUUAAAUGCACGACUGUACAGACUUACAGAGGAAGCCAGAAUAACCCCAUCCAGACCUGAUCAGCCCAUCACAUCAGCACAUGAAUAUAUGAGGUCAAUGAUAAGUGAAACAAUUGGUGUUGAGAUGGACGAGCUAAAUGAUGACACUAAUCUUUUCAAUUUAGGUAUUGACUCAAUGUUAGCCAUGACUCUGCAAAAUCAUAUCUUCAAGGACAGUGGUGUGAAUGUCCCUCUAGUGACUCUACUGGAUCCAAAUAGUAAAGUGUCAAGUCUCAUCAAAAUCCUGCAGGAUAAUUCUGUAGAAGACCAUGAAAGCAAAGAUGAAAGCAUAUCCACAUAUCUAUAAUGGUAAUUGUUUUCUUUCAGAGGAGUCUCUAUUGAAACCAUUCAAAAAUAAUUUUACGUAGAGAUGUAUGAUAUUAUUAUGUAAAUGUUGUUUGUAUAAAUAAUACUUAUGAUUUAUCUUUUUUGCUCAAAUAAUUCAUGUAAAUCUGGUAAAUGUCAUGGUUCCACCUCUCCUUGUCAGGUAUUUCUUGGUUUAGAGGUGGAAUCAUGCAGAAUCCUCUGUUUCAUGUGGGGAGAGACAUUUUUGACCCUUGCGGUCUUCCAUACUCUCCUCAAGUCGCGUCAUUGCCCUACCCUCCUGUUUCCCUUUAAUUACCUUCCCUAUAAAGAGUCCUCAUGUUUCUUUGUCUCGUUGCGCGUUCAUUGUAUGAAGUCCCUCGUCAUUGCAAGUCUUACCUGUGCUGUAUACUGUUCGUGUUCUUAUGCUGUACCUGUUGUUCUUGUUCCUGUUCUCCGUCAAAGUAAGUGUAGUUCAGUCAGUGUUAGUGUUUUGUUUCAAGUGUUUGUUUUAUUAGUUUAGUGAGUCAGUGUCCUUGUACGUUGUUAAAGUUUAUAUAUUAUUCUUGUCCUGUUUUCCCCCUCGUGGGUUUUUGUUUUGUCAUUUUGUCUAGUGUUAUAUAUAUAUAUAUAAAUAAAUCUCCGGUCGUCUUAACUGCCUUGCAA